CCUCUCCUUGAAUUCAAAUUCCCCAUUACAGUAGUGUGCCAAAAUCAAAGAAGCUUCAGAAUCAAAAUCAAGCUUCCAUUUAGGGAUCGAUGAAUAAAGCAUAAGAAGUUGCUGCGCUUCUUGCCUGCCAUAACCAUUCUCCACCAGAGACAAUUUCUAUCUCAGCCAUUCAUCUUUUACCCAUCUAUUCGAGAUUGUUCAAAAUCUUCGGUUUGUGCAGUUCUUAGAUGCGUUUCGAUUCAAUUAGGGUUUUACUUUUGUUGGGAAGUAAUUAAUGGCAAGACGAAGAGUUAAAAGGACAGUGAAAGAAGCUGCAGCCUCGCCUGGGCCUAGUGCCAAUGAUGCCAAUCAGCCCCAAAUUGGAGAAACAGAAAAACAAUUGCCACUGAUAGACCAGGAAGUUGAGCGCCAAAAAGCUGCAAUCAGGGGUAUACGUGAUGUGGAGAUUGAACAUUCACUAACUGGGUUGCGUUUGCUCCGUUCAUAUUUUAACGACGAACAACUGCAAACCCCUGCUCUUCAAUUCUUCAAAGAAAACCUUCCAAACUUAUCUAUCAUGAGAAAUGGUGAUAAUGGACAAUUUGAAGUGCAGUGGAACAAUAAAGAUGAUAAUUUAUCAAUGAGCCAAGCUCCUGAUGGAAGAGACUUUCAUGCUUCUCUUCUACAUCGACUGUCCAUAGCUUAUCCUCUUGGUGGCUUUGAAUUAUCAAGUGAUGCAAGUAAUGUGAGAACAAGCCUGUUAGGAGUUGACAGUCUGCAGAUAAAAGAUUUCGUUUUGGAGGGGCCAUCUGAUUCUCAGAUGCUUGCAGACGGUCUUCGAACUCCUGGGGCGAGCAGCCAGAGGUUGUCUAUUGGAAUGACACCCAAGACUCUAAGAUUGCCUAAGCCAGGAGAAAUGCUUCUUUCAGUCCGUGGCUCACCCCUUGGCGUCUACAAGGAAGACAACAUGGAAGCUAUAAAUGAGUCAGAGGAGGGUUAAUUUGGUUCAUGUCAUUCAUUUAAGAGUUAAGAAAAAUAUAUAUGAAGUACUUGCCACUAAGGGCUUGUGACGCUUGUCUGAAUGUACUUCCAUUAAUUGAACAAUUGACUGUUGUGUAAUACAAGAAAUUUUUUAUAAAAUCUGCAGUUUCCUUCAUGCAUAA